CCUGCGCCAAUUGCUCGACAGCGUCGCAUCGUAAUUAGUGCGGCUGCGUUGCGGGGCGAUUAAUUUGUCAUUGGAGAGAAACACUGUAGAUGAAAUAGCGACACAUACAGAUGUGCGUCCCGAUCCGCCGACAAUAACACGAGUGUCUCGCCCGGGAUUGUUUCAGCGUCGGUAACGGGAUCCGGUUCUGCGACUGAAGGCUGUUGCUGCUUUAAGGCGGCGCAGGUGCAGCAGAUCACGCUGAUGCGCGCGUAGAUGCGCCCUCCUCCUCCUCCUCCUCCUCCUCUCUAGCUCUCUAGUCCAGACACUGCUGCAUCACCACCGCCUCCAUCAUGGGGAACAGGGGCAUGGAGGAGCUCAUCCCGCUGGUCAACCGGCUGCAGGACGCCUUCAGCUCCAUCGGGCAGAGCUGCAACCUGGACCUGCCGCAGAUCGCCGUGGUGGGCGGACAGAGCGCCGGGAAGAGCUCCGUGCUCGAGAACUUCGUGGGGAAGGAUUUUCUGCCCCGUGGAUCCGGAAUCGUGACACGCAGACCUCUCGUUCUGCAGCUCAUCAGUGCAAGCGCAGAGUGGGCCGAGUUCCUGCACUGCAAAGGGAAGAAAUUCACCGAUUUCGAUGAGGUCCGUCAAGAGAUCGAGGCCGAGACGGACCGCGUCACCGGGGCCAAUAAGGGCAUUUCACCCAUUCCCAUCAACCUGAGGGUUUAUUCCCCACAUGUGCUCAAUCUGACUCUCAUCGACUUGCCGGGCAUCACUAAAGUGCCGGUGGGCGAUCAGCCGGCAGACAUCGAGCAUCAGAUCCGAGACAUGAUCAUGCAGUUCAUCUGUCGCGAGAGCUGCCUGAUUCUGGCCGUCACUCCCGCCAACACUGACCUGGCCAACUCUGACGCGCUCAAACUGGCCAAAGACGUCGACCCUCAGGGCCAGAGGACCAUCGGCGUGAUCACCAAACUAGACCUGAUGGAUGAAGGUACAGAUGCUCGAGACGUUUUGGAGAACAAGCUCCUGCCUCUGCGCCGCGGGUACAUCGGGGUGGUGAACCGCAGUCAGAAAGACAUCGAUGGGAAGAAGGACAUCAAGGCCGCUCUGGCAGCAGAGAGGAAGUUCUUUCUGAGCCAUCCAGCCUACAGACACAUAGCGGACAGCAUGGGCACCCCACAUCUGCAGAAAGUCCUCAAUCAGCAACUGACCAACCACAUCCGGGACACGCUGCCGGCCUUCCGCAGUAAACUGCAGUCGCAGCUGCUGUCGCUGGACAGAGAGGCGGAGGAGUACCGGCACUACCGGCCCGACGACCCCUCGCGCAAGACCAAAGCCCUGCUGCAGAUGGUUCAGCAGUUCUCAGUGGACUUUGAGAAGCGUAUCGAAGGUUCUGGGGAUCAGGUGGACACGGUCGAGCUGUCGGGUGGAGCCAAGAUCAACCGCAUCUUCCACGAGCGCUUCCCUUUCGAGCUGGUCAAGAUGGAGUGUGAUGACAAAGAAAUGCGUCGUGAAAUCAGCUAUGCCAUCAAGAACAUCCAUGGCAUCAGGACGGGUUUGUUCACUCCAGACAUGGCCUUCGAGGCGAUCGUGAAGAAGCAGAUCGUGAAGAUCAAGGAGCCGUGUAUCAAGUGUAUUGAUCUGGUGGUUCAGGAGCUGAUCAACACGGUCCGUCAGUGCAGUAAUAAGCUGGAUUCGUUCCCUCGUCUGCGGGAGGAGACGGAGCGGAUCGUCACGUCUCAUAUCCGUGACCGAGAGAGCCGAGCCAAAGAGCAGGUCCUGCUGCUCAUCGACGUCCAGCUCGCCUACAUCAACACCAACCACGAGGAUUUCAUCGGCUUUGCCAACGCUCAGCAGCGGAGCAGUCAGGCGAAUAAGAAGAGCUCUGCGGGGAAUCAGGAGCUCCAGGUGAUCCGUAAGGGCUGGUUGACCAUCAACAACAUCAGCAUCAUGAAGGGAGGAGCGAAGGAGUACUGGUUCGUUCUGACCGCCGAGAGUCUGUCCUGGUUCAAGGAUGACGAGGAGAAAGAGAAGAAGUACAUGCUGCCCUUGGACAAUCUGAAGGUCAGAGAUGUGGAGAAAAGCUUCAUGUCCAGCAAACACAUGUUCGCCAUCUUCAACACGGAGCAACGAAACGUCUUCAAGGACAACCGUUUCUUGGAGCUGGCGUGUGACAGUCUGGAGGAGGUGGACAGCUGGAGAGCGUCGCUGCUGCGCGCCGGCGUUUAUCCUGAGAAGGCCGCGGUGGAGAGUGAAAGUUCUGGUACGUCUGAGAACUUCUCCAUGGAUCCUCAGCUGGAGAGGAAGGUGGAGACCAUCCGUAACCUGGUGGACUCCUACAUGGCCAUCGUCAACAAAUGCAUCCGUGACCUGAUGCCCAAGAGCAUCAUGCAUCUCAUGAUCAAUAACGUGAAGGACUUCAUUAACGCGGAGCUGCUGGCUCAGCUGUAUUCGGCCGGAGAUCAGAACGCGCUGAUGGACGAGUCUCAGGAGCAGGUGCAGCGCCGGGAGGAAGUGCUGCGCACACACCACGCUCUGAAGGAAGCGCUGGCCAUCAUCGGCGAUAUUUCCACCACCACCGUCUCCACGCCGCUGCCGCCGCCCGUCGACAACUCGUGGCUGCACGCCGGCGGAGGCGGCUCACGCAGGUCUCCUCCACCCAGCCCCACGGCUCCGCGCAGGAUGUCUGCGGGACAGAGACCCGCCGGUAGGGGCGCGCCUCCGCCUCCGUCUCGCCCGGGACCGUUAGGGCCCUUGAAUAACAGCGCCGACAGCCCACAGGUUCCCAGCCGGCCUAACCGAGCGCCGCCCAGCAUUCCCAGUCGUCGUCCUCCACCUUCCCCAACCAGACAGGUUCCCCCUUAGGAGGCGUUUCCGCUCCUGCCGGAAGCCGCUAUUCCUGAGCCGUUGUCGUUUGAUCAGUGCGCCACCGUCUGUCCCGUACCAAAGCUCUGAAUCCCGCAUGUCCCAGUGAUCCUCCUCCUCCUCCCGUGUGCUGGCGUCUUUGAUAGCAGUGCUCGUCGUGUGUCGUUUGUCAGUGCCUGUGGUUCAGACGUCGAGUCUCAUCCAUGCCAUCCUCUGCAUCCCAGCGGCUCUUUCUUCCGUGGUGAAUCGUUCGUGGCGGUGCCGUGCGUCCCGUUCCUUGAAGCGUGCGGCGCGGCGUUGACGUUUCUAGCGAUGCAUGUUUGUUUAUUUUAGGCUGUUGAUAUGCGUGUCCACAUACUUGUGUCACAUUAUACCAUAGUAUGUGAGCGAUAUAUAUAUUAGUGUACACCGGGAAGAGUGUGUGUGAGUGUGUGUGUGUGUGUGUGUGUGUGUGUGUGUGGCUAAAUUAAGAGAUAAACGUGUAAAAUAGUUUAAGGUUACGUGAUAUUUGUGUUUUGACAUUUAAAUGAGUAAUGUUUUUAUUUCUUAAUGUGGUUUGUCAUUGAAAAGGCUCAGAGUCCUUUAUUUCUUAGUUGUGAACAUCCGUUUUGUCGUUACUCGCAGCAAACGCGGGCAUCUUCAGACGUCAUUGUCUGCAAACACUUAAACGAGCACCAAAAUAUGAGAUGUAUUCAUCUUCUUGAAUAGCGCCACCUGCUUGCCAUACUAGUUGAUGACAGUUCAUCCAAACGUUCGACCAAAGUCCCUGGAACUGCAGUAUACACCUGUUCUGCUGUGUAGAAACUCAACUCCAUGUACUGUACAUGUUUCAGAUAAACACCAGACCCCAUCCAGAACAUCGUCCGUUACUCUGCAAUAAAUCUAGCGGUAGUUCAGUCUCUGUCCGUCUGGUCAUUAGUGAUAUUUAAGCAGUGAUGAUGGUGUUCAUUCGCUUCUGUACUCAUCUUCAGUAAUUACUCUUCAUUUGAUAAUAAUACGAUCGCAUUCUUAAAAAGGACUAAAUAAGGAUGUAAGACGAGUAUGCAGGGAACGCUGAUGUAUUAUUUUUACGUCAUCAUUACAAACAUGAAUAUAUGGAUAUAUUAUCUGCAGGUUUGUGAAUCAGAGACGUUGUGCUCGUUCCAAAUGGUGUGUCAUUCAGUAUUUCAUCAUCUGGUCUGAUGAUGUUCAGACAGCGCUGCCAAGGGUUAAACUACCUGCUGUUCAGUCCCAUAAACACAUGAGCGAGAGAACAGCGCUGGAGGUUUUUCUCAUGAUGCAGAAUCUGAAUGAAUGAAUGAAUGCUGAACUCAAGACUGAAAGUGAAGCUGAACACACUGGAAACAGAUGGAGCUGUGAUCCGUUCACAUCAUCUUCAGAUUAAUGACGGCCGGUCUCUCUCUGACAGGAUGUUUGUGUUCGUUAUGUUGGUCACUCAGACUAUAGCUAUGCACAAAUCAAGUAUUUUAGAAACUUUUCCUUUUGUGGGUGAGCUGAUGAGACUCAGUUUGUUUAAGGCAGAUCUGAGGUUUAAACACAAUAACACAUUCAUAUGAUGGUAAGUGAGUGCUGGGAAAUGUGCUUUAGCUGUUUAUUUUCUCCAACACACAGUCGUGUAGUUUUAAAAACGCCAGAUUUGAGCGUUUGACAGUAGUAAAUAACAGGAGCGUCUCUCUCUCUCUCUGUGUUUCAUUAUGGCUUGAUGUACCUCUAUAUGUAUGAAAUAAAAUCUAUUACGGAAAAUAAAAUCAACUGAGAAUCUG